AUGACGCUUGUGGAGGCUUCUGCGGGUGGCUUUGUUCCUCCUUUCCCCUUGUCCGGCCCAGACAGGAAGCCGACGUUUCGGAACAUGAUGCAGAACCAGUUGAGCUUGAUCAUGGACUCGGGAAUCAUGUCAGACAUGUAUCUGCGACUGUGGCGGGUCACCUGUGCGGUGAAGCCCGUUUGGAGGCUUGCCAACCAAUUGAGCGAGCGGAAUUCCAACAUGGCCUGCUCGACCUAUGCCUCCGGAUGGGAGGUGUACUACGCACCGAGCCUGUCCGACCCUGCCACUGCAGAGGGCGGAUCCUGGGUUCCUGAGUACUCUACCGGCAACUCCAACAACGUGGUGGGCCAGCUUCAAGAUCGCUGCCAAGUCGCCAAUUCUCCGUGCUUCUGCGCGUCGCUGCAGGGAUGCGGCUGGCGCCAGCAGGAAGAUGGUUCCACAGCUUGCCAAACGAUGGCUGAUGGAGAUUCAGCAACACCUGUCAGCUGUGCGGCGUGCUCGGCCCAAGCCGAGUGCCCACCGCAAUGCAGUUCCGCCACCUUCGCCUGCACCUGCGCGGCCUUGCCGGUCAAUUGCAUGUGGGAGAAUGGAGAGUGUAAGCCCAGUGGUGGCGGCUCCAGCAGUAUUCCCUGCAGUGCUUGCGUUUUGCAGGACACUUGCCAAGCAUCCCGGCCACGCGCUGUGGAUUUCAAUCCGAAGAGCAUCUUCGCCUUGCCGCGCCAGGGUGACUUGUCGAUCAUCGAGAUCACUUUCAACGUGGCCCUGGGGCCGCUGCGCGCGGCACGGGGCUCCAUGCGCUUCGUCUGUGGCACGGAGGGCCGUGAGCCGACCCGGACUGGUGUCACUCUAUUGGAGUACACAGUUCCUGGGGAAGGUCUCGCGGUGGAAGGAAACGUGCUCAAGGUGGCAUCUGGGACGGUCUUCGUGGCAGAAGCUACAACCUGCACUCUCAUGGCGGAAGAUGGUGUCGUGACCAAUCUGGAGGGGUUGCCUUCAAAGCCCGUCGAGUUUGGCUCCUACAUGUUUCAGAUGAAAGACUCGGUGCCCCCGGCGAUCCUUGGCUUCCUGCCUUCUGCGGGAGCUGGAUCUGUGGCGAUUGCAUCAAAGACCGUCAGCAUAACCUUCAGUGAGAGGAUCCGGAAGACCGACAGCUUCAGCGCCGAGCUUACCUUGGUGGACGUGCUUGGAGAGCCUCUGGGUGCACCAACGCCCCUCGCCCUGGACAGCGUCAACGAGCGACUGAUCAGACUGGACGUGGAAGGCAAGUUCGAACCAGGGAGGUCCUAUCAGAUUACCAUCGCUGCAGGGUCCUUCGUCGACUGGGGGAACCAGUUCUUCGAAGGCCUCGAUCCGGGAAUCUACCGCUUCAAGGUGGAAGGCCAGCACGACAACGUCGUGGACAUCGAUAUCGGGGAGCCUGGGCCGUCGAUCGUCGUCUUGGCUGGGGUGGCCGGUGGGAGUGCCGUGGUCAUCCUUGCAUUGGCCUGUCUCGCCUACCGGAUGUACGUGGUCUCGCGCGAACCUGCGGACUUCCCACCCUCGCCCGCUGCGCAGGCUGCGCCGGGCAGGUCUCCCCCCAAGCUCCGGUUUGAUGAAGAGGCUCUGCGAGUCCAGCAGAUGGAUGACCUCCCAGAUUCUCCAGAAAACAGGAAAUCCUACAGGUUCGAUGACGAGGAAACGAACGAGCCGAGCAACCAAGUCACCAACGAGCUGCGAAAAUCUGCCCAGCACCAGGAGGCAGCGACGGUUCGUCGCAACUCCAUUGCCGCUCAGAUGGAUCUGCCGCGGGAGAUGAAUGCCGGAAGUGUCAAGCAUCUGCUGGCCGCCGGAGCAGACCACAAGGACGUAAGGGCACUGCAAGCAGCCUUGAAUCCAGGUCCUUCAGGCCGACGAGUCAUCGUGUGGUCGGACGCGCGGGACGAGCAGGAGGAGGCAGACGGCGAUGAACAGCUGCGGCCAAAGAGUCCACCGGUCAUCGUGUCGGGAAGAACCUGGCAGGCACCUGCUUCAAACACUUCGCUCUGGGAUGAGGCGGACGUCAGCGAACGACCGCCCCGGCACACUGCUGCGCGUCACAGGGCCCUGGACUUCCAGGCUGGAAGGGGCGUUGCCCAUGCACUUCGCCACGAUGUUCCUCCACCUCAGUCGGCGGUCAGGCGGCAGAAGAGGCCGGUCUCUGCUCCUACAGGAUCUCGGGGAGCCCAGGCCGCCGGCGCAUCAAGCAUGCGGAGCCGGGUGACGAACGAGGAGUGGAGGGACCUGGUACCGCGACCUGCGUGGCAGGGAUAUGGGCGGAUUCUCCAAGUAGGUGGUGGAUUACGGCGCACCUGCUACUGUGGCUUCCACUGCUGA